AUGUUCUCCACAAUCCUGACCUAUGAAGAGAAUGUCAGUAAACCAGUCGUUUUCAUACAAUCUCUACUGCAUGCCAGAGAGUGGGUGACCUUAUCAGCAACUCUCUAUGGUAUCCGAAAGUUGGUAGAAGAUGGGUCCGAGGUGGAUAUUCUGCAAGAUAUUGACUGGAUCAUAUUGCCUAUAGCUAAUCCCGAUGGAUACGUGUUUACACAUGCUGAGUCGCGGUUCUGGCGCAAGAAUCGUGCAAACAAUUUUGCGGGCUUAUGCGCUGGAGUAGACCUAAACAGAAACUUCGACGUCCACUGGGGCCAGGCUUCCAGCGGCAUCUCCUGCAUGGAAACAUUCCAUGGCCCUAGAGCCUUCUCCGAACCCGAGACUCAAGCUAUCAGAAACAUAAUGCUCGAACACAGCGAUCGCCUCGAGCUAUUCCUCGAUAUCCACAGCUUUGGCAGCAUGAUCCUCUUUGGUUACGGUAAUGGCGUGUUACCACCGAACGGUUUGACCCUCAAUCUCGUUGCAGUCCAAAUGGCCCAAGCCAUAGACGCAGUGAAGGCUGAUUUCAAUCGUGACUACAUCGUUGGUAACGUAGCUCAUGUCCUUUAUGAUGCAUCAGGCAGUGCUAUGGAUUACGCUAAGGUUGCAGGUGCACCUUUGGCUUACACUUAUGAGUUGCCGGGCAUGAGAUUUGGAGUGGGCGCAUUGGGGUUUUUAGUAGACCCUGAUUUUAUCGAGCAAGCUGGAAUGGAGACUUGGGAGGGUAUCAAAGUUGGUGCAAGACACGUACGUAAUACUUUCAGAGCGAGAAUGUAUAAAGACCUUCAUCAAUGA